AGAUGUGUUGUGAAGUGUUCUUCACUUCUUAUCUCUUGUGUUGUUUUAUAUUUUUCUAUGAUCCAGUUUGUACAAGAAAAUUAACAAUCCAUGAAUUAGUGUAAAUUGGUUAUUUUUAAUUAGUUUUUUUUGUACAAAACGUAUUCAAUGCAAUAUAUUAAACACCGGCUAUUAUCGUCAUCGGCAUAAUGUUUGUUAUUUUAUUAUAACUAAAAAAAUUUGGUACUAUAACUUAUCAAACAUACAAACUGUUUAUAAAUUUAAAAUAAUAUUAACGAAAAUGCCUACCCAAUAUGAAGAAGAACCAUCCUGGGAAGCGCCAAACGCGCAGUAUGAUGAUGACAAUGCUGAAGACGUUAUCGAUAACCCCGAAGAAGUAUUACAAGAAUGUCUUGAGAAGUUCAAAACUUCUGAUUAUAUAAUGGAACCUGGUAUAUUUGGCCAAUUAAAAAGAUAUUUCCAAGCAGGUGGAAAUCCUGAACAAGUUAUUGAACAACUAUCAAUCAACUACAGUGCAGUAGCUCAAAUGGCAAAUUUGUUAGCAGAAUGGUUAAUUCUUGCUGGGGUAAAAGUAACUGAAGUUCAAGCAAUGGUGGAAAACCAUUUGAAGGAAAUGAUUAUUAAAACCUUUGACCCCAAAAAAGCUGAUACUAUAUUUACUGAGGAAGGAGAAACACCUGCUUGGCUCACAGAAAUGAUAGAACAUCCUACUUGGAGAUCUUUGAUUUACAGAUUAGCUGAGGACUAUCCUGAUUGUCUCAUGUUAAAUUUUACAAUUAAGCUUAUAUCAGAUGCAGGUUUUCAAGGUGAAAUUACUAGUAUUUCAACUGCAGCUCAGCAGAUUGAAGUGUUUUCUAGAGUCUUGAAAUCUUCAAUUGUUGGAUUUUUGCAAAGCUCAGAUGAUUGGCAAAAUAGUGUAAAUGAAUGUGCUAAAAUGGUAUGUCAUGGUGCACAUACUUAUGUGUAUAGCCAAGUUAUAGUUCAUAUUUUGGCCCAAGAACCUAGAGGUGGAGCCAUCAUGAAGAGAUUGAGUCAAGAAAUAACAAAAUGUGCCCAGCAAAGUGGACACGACGUCACUCCUAUAACGUUAGCGCUAACGGCGGGAGAGUCUUGGCGCGGCGCGCGAACCGCGCUGGCGGCCAUGUUGUCUCGAGGGGCAUUGAACCCGGCCGAUAUAUCCGUGCUGUUCAGAGCGUACACACAGUCUGAACCGCCACCGGUACACUUGCUAAGAAUACCACAGUUUUUAGAAUUACUUGUGGAUUCUCUAUUCAAAUUGGGGAGCAAACUCAAUCCAGAACAUAAGUCCAAGUACAUAUAUCUGCUUGCUUAUUCCGCAAGUGUUUGUGAAGGGGCAACUCCUGGGAAACCAAUAAAGGAUGAAUUAAAGCCAACCCUUCAAGCUAUUGAAAAAAUACAUGCAGUAUGUAGCAGUUCAGUGAGCUCUAGCGAGCUUAUUGCCGAGUUGCCGUCUCUAUAUCAUUGUAUAAGAUUCCCUGUUGUAGGCAUGGGUGUGCUUGUAUGGGUGGAGUGUGUAGUCACAGAGCCGUCAUAUUUCAAGUUGUGUACAGAACAUUGUCCUGUACAUCUCGCCCUACUUGACGAAGUUGCUUCUUGUCAUCCAUUGCUGCACCAUAGACUAUUAAAACUGUUGAUAAAACUUUUUGAAUCUAAACAAGAAGACCUGGAAAUUUUAGUUCAGUUAGAACUGCGAAAGAUGCUUCUAGAUCGUAUGGUGAAUUUGUUAAGUCGAGGUUGUGUAGUUCCUGUUUUAAUAUACAUCAAAAAUUGCCUGCAACGUGGUGAUACUGACAUUUCACUGAUACGAUAUUUCAUUACUGAGGUUCUUGACGCCAUAGCGCCCCCUUACACGCCUGAAUUUGUACAAUUAGUACUUCCUAUGGUUGAAAAUGAAGACAUUACUGGAACAAUGAGAGCUGAAGGCGAAAACGAUCCGGUUUCUGAAUUUAUUGUUCACUGCAAGGCUCAUUAUGUUGUGAGUUGAAGAAAUACACAAUAAUCUGGUGGUUAAUUUUUACUUU